AUGGGGAUAAAGUUGAAACCCAAAGAAAUACAACUUCUCAUCGAAAAGCUUUACAAGAAAGCAAGCGGAGAAUCAGAAAGCAACAUCCCUGAAUGCAACUUAUACGGCGAGAAAGAGCCGUGGCAAAUAUGGGAGGAGGCAAUAUUAGCAUCGGCAUGCAUGCAGGGUGGUGGCGCCCCCGCCGCCGCCAAGUUAAUGAACCAAAAAGAAGUUUGCAUCUUCACAAAGGUGAAGAAGAAGACCCUCAACAGCUCACGUAUCGACCGGACGGUGGGAACCGGCGCGUGGAAAGGGGAGGACACCGGCGUCACGAUUUAUGGUAAUGCGACUACUAAUGAAGGAUCGACUAUGGAGCUUGUUGGAAUCAGAAAAAGGUUUCGGUAUGAGAGUAAGACGGUCCAUCACGGCCGUUGGAUCAUGUACGAGUAUGCCCUUCAACCCUCCACGCUCACCCAUGCAAAAGAGAACACGAGGUUGACCAAUAUUGGACAUGAUGAUGGCUGUCAUAUAUUUAUUGACUUGUCUGACUCUGAUGAACAAACUGUCGACAAUAUUAUUGAAACUAGUACAUCGGUAUCGGUGGAUGAGAAACAAUCCAACGAUUCAUUGGAAUCGAACUUUGACGACCAUACAGACUGGGCAAAAGCAUUCGCUGUGGAGUUAACGGAAGGUCAGUCACACCUUCUGCAGGAGCCAGCGAUUGAGAUGUUGCCUAAUACUGCCUAUUUUCUUGAUAAUUCUAUUAAUUCCCAAUUUUUAUAA